CUCGGUGGUUUUUCUGUUCUCUUGGUGCUGGUUACUGUGAACAAUUGGCACUCUAGGCUUGAUCUCGAAACACUAAUCCACUACGCCACCAUGCUAUCAUUUGAAACCAAUUAGCGAGAGAAAUAUCUCGUGAAUCGCGACAAGAGCCCGUGUUGCGUCUUGAGCAUUCAUAAGCUCAUGAAUCUCCAUGGCCGCUAUCGGGCGUGAUUUGGCGGCGUUUAGCAUCGUUGGUAGCAGCCGCUUUGUGGGGGGCAAGAGGUCGUGGUUCCAGACUGCGGGAAUUCCUGGGACGCCACACCGGAAUGUCGCGUGUGCCGGUAUCCAGGUGGAUCGAAAGCGGCAUCUAGAGGAAUCUCUCAAGCGCCAGGAGGAAGCGGAUGCACGACGAGCUGAGGCGGAGAUCUCGUGCCCCGUGGACUGCGUCACCGUAGUAAGCAACCUGCAGGAAUUCGAUGCCAUUUUGGAGCGCGCCCGAGAGGAGCACGAUCUGGUGGUGGUGGAUUUCUACAACACCUCGUGCGGUGCUUGCAAGUACAUGCUACCCCAAUUCGUGAAGCUGUGCAAACGGGGAUGCAGCAGUGACGAGUGCGUAGCAGAUCCCCAGGAGGACGACGAGCACAGCGAUGAGAGUCAGAUUGUGUUUGUCAAGCACAACGUUCUGGAUGAUUACGACGAACUCACGGACCUGGCCGAAUUCUACUCCGUUUCCUCCGUUCCCUUGUUUGCAAUCUUUCAGGACGGUUGCCUAGUCGACAAGUUCGCCACCCGAGAUAAGCAUCGACUCGAGCGAGCAGUCUGUCAACUCCUCCACGCCAAAACCACCCCACAGGAAGGCGACGACACCCAAACCAGUUGAUCACUUCUUCGUCUUAUCCAGUAUCUCAAUAAACUUCUUUGGAAUCC